AAUUUGGUACAAAGCAUUUCUGAUGAUGAUGGCAUCUUCUUGGGAGAAAUGUGAAGAGCUGGUUUUAGGAAAGAGCUUUGUCCACAGUAUAAAAGGAGGAGACAAUGUCUCUUCUUGUAUUUUGAGAUAUGAAUUUUGUCCUGCUUCCGUACAGGACUGUUCACAAGGUUGUUUGAGUUGGGAGCCAAGUGGAACUGUUGCUCUUAACUUCUACAAGCAGGGAGGAAAUGGAGAACCCUCACCUACACCUGCUUCACUUUCUGGAAGGUUGGCACAGAAUGAAGGCCAAUUGAGAAGAAACGAAGCAACAUCUGGCGAGAACUAUAUUCUUAUUCAAGAAGAAACUUAUUGGAGACUGGAAAAGGUAGACCUCUCAGUAGUACACUUGCGUCCUUUCAGAUCUUCGCAGAAAGUUGCACAAAAGACAAACACAGUGUAUUCUGGGCAGUCUCCUUCUUCCAACAGAAGCACUCCUAUUCACAUUCGGGCGUCAUCUACUCCUUCUUCCCCAGCAACUAAACUGACCCCAGAUACUGUGGGUAACAAAAGUAAGUUUCAAGUUAUAUUAUGAGUGUUUGUGUCACUACAACAACUGUUGCAGAGAGGAGUACGUCCAACGGGGAAAUUUUGGAAGGUCCUCGUAGUAACAAGAACAGAAAAUUACCCUAGAAGGAAGAGAUUUGGCAAGUUCGGAAAGUCUCUUGAUAAUUCUUGUCGUAGUAAACAGUUUUGCUUAUGCUGUAGCAAGGUGAAAACGAAGCCUUGUUGCGAGAAACCGGUUCUGCAGGGUCCUUUAUUCCACAAUAUGCAGAGGGAUAUAUUUUAGUGAGAGGAGGAGUGUUGGGUUUUUUUGUACGUAAAAGUGCCAGCUAUAAGGAGAUGUCUUUGCAUAAAUAAUAUUUGGAUAUUUUUGAUAUUUCACUUGUAGAUAAUACACUUACUUUGUGAGAGCUUUUCAAAAAUUCGAAAUCUUUUGGAAUGAUUUUUCACAUCAUCUCUUGUCCCAAGGCGCCAAUUCUUGUCAUUUUUAAAUUUGUGUUUUCAAAGCUCCUUACAACCAAAACAAAAACAGCCUGAACUGAAGCGAUAUGAAUCCAUCUGAGGA